CAGGUAAAAGCUAAUGCAGUCGCCAUGUUACGUGUUGUAUUUUUAGUUGCCUUUGGCACCUUUUCCGUGGCUAAGCAUUUGCCUCCUUACAUUAAAACCUGCAGAAAGGAUGAUCCUAAUUUUGAUGAAUGUGUCAAGAAGCACGCUUCGGAAGCAAUUCCAAAUAUUUUAAAGGGUGACCAAGAAUUCAAAAUUCCAAAUUUGGAACCAUUUACCAUCCCUGAAAUCUUAUUAGACGCUGGUAGUGAUAUAUCAAUUAAAUUAAACGACCUAGUUCUAAAGGGAAUCAGCAACAUUAAACUGGAAGAUAUUAAAAUUGAUAUAGAAAAACAACAUGCUUACAUCCAAUUUUUCCUGAAGACCGUGAGUAUUGAUGGCAAGUAUGACGUCGAUGGAAGAGUAUUAGUGCUACCAAUUAAGGGAAAUGGACCACUUCACAUAGACUGUCAAAAUUUGAUAGUGGAUUACGUCUUGGAUUACAAGCUCCUAAAGAAAGACGGCAGAGAAUACGUCGAUCCCGAUGUAUCGUCAAAGGUCUCAUAUACACUGGAAGAAGUUAAUUUAAGAUUAGACAAUUUGUUUAAUGGUGACAAGGAACUAGGUGACAGGACUAACGAAUUCUUGAACGAACACGCAUUGGAACUUAACAAUGACUUUUCGAGCACGCUCUCUGAGGUUAUUAACACCGUUGCUACAACUAUUUUCAAGAAAGUAUUGCCGUUGGUGCCCUACGAUGAAGUAUUCCCAUAAAAAUGUAACAGAUUCUGUGUGAUUGUUAAUUAGGCAAAAUAUAUGUUUUUGUUGUUUAAAUCCUAUCCGUGAUUAAAAGCAGCAACAAUAAAUUGGAAAGGUA